AUGACUGAAAAUUUGAUAAUUCGUUUCAAUGUUGGUGGAAAAUUGCACGCAACAUUGAAAACAGUUUUUCCAACCGAUUCAAUGUUUCACAAGUGGUUUGUAUCGCGCACGAAGAGUAUUCCAUUCACGAUUGAUAAAGAUGGAGCAUAUUUUGUGGAUCGUGAUCCAAAGUCAUUUGGAAUUAUUCUCAAUUAUUUUCGAUUGAGAAAAGCUGGACAAUUAUGGGAGGCUUGUUUGCCAAAGGAUCCAGAUCGCUUGGCAAUGUUAACUCAGGAGGUUCGUUUGACAGAUUCUCUGGAAUAUUUGUUCUAGAACUCAAAUAUCUUCCGAAUAUAAAAAUUAUUGAAAAAGUUAGGAUACCUUGAACCCGCAAGGGAAUUUUUCCCGAAACAAAACAUAGUUUGAAAUAGAUUUGGAUCCCCGGCUGUUAAAAAUUCUUCUUACUUGAUCAAAAAUCUCUUCCCUGUUUUUUUUUAUUUCAAAAGUAUAAACAACGAUGACAGGUCAAUGUUUACUGUAUAAUUCAAAAAAUCCGAAAUGUAAACAAAAAUGUUGUUUUUUCCUAAUCUUCAUAAGCUUUCCAUGAAAAUCUUUUGAUUCCAGUCGGAUUUUUUCUUCCUUCCUCAACUUCGAGAUCAAGCGAUUUGUAUGCUUCAAUUAUGUAGCUCAAAAUCGGAUUCGAAUUACAUCAAUGAGGUAAAUCUGUCAUAAUAUAUGAGAUCAUAAUCCCAAACAAAAAAUAAUAAACAAAUUCCAGAUGCUUGCAAAAAGCACGAGCUGUCCACAAGGUUUCGAAGCCAAAGAAGAGGAAGAAGAUGAAGAUUAUUAA